UUACCCCGGUGACUUCCCGCCAUUUGGCCCAGGCUGCGUUUAUUCGAGCUCUGACGUCGUGGUCGAUUGUACCAGACUCGUGCAGUAUGGACCCGAGAUGGCAUACAUUCAGCAGCAUUGGAGUAUUUGCAUUCUGUUUGCAAUUUCAGUAUUGGUUGAAACGAUGCCAACAUGUAAAUACAUAAAUAGCCAAGACACUGAAGUUACUUGUUAUGAAAAUGGCGAUACGAACUACGUUCUAAAACGAGGCCUUGUGUCGGAUAAUAAUAGAACAAUAAGCUUAUCACUUCAGGGAUGUAGAAUUACCGGCAUGGAUAAUGAUUCAUUCGAAAACUUAUACUCUUUGAAAUAUUUAGAUUUAUCACAAAAUCAAAUUUCCACUGUUAAACUAGGGUCUCUUGGUAGUUCCAAGCAGUUGAUAUAUUUAAACGUCUCUCAUAAUUUGCUAUCAGAGUUACAACCUGGUUCGUUCGAUGAAACACCCAACUUAGAUGUUCUUGAUUUGGAGGGGAAUAGAAUUAAAUUAAAUUUAGGAAUAUUUGACCGCUUAAUAAAGCUAAGGCACUUGGACCUUUCAAAUAACAAUUUGCGAGGUAAAGAUUUUGAUUCUUCUCUUUUUAGUCGCAAUACACAUAUUAGUUACUUAGAUUUAUCUGUUAAUGAUAUGAAUGAUGCACCAAUCACAUUAUUAGACGCAGUGCAAGUAUUAGAUUUCUUGAAUUUAGAAAGAUGUCUUCUUAAAGAAGUGCCGAUGUUUUCAAUCAGAGAGAAUCUUAAAACAAUGAAACAUUUGAUUCUAUCUACUAAUGAAAUAAAUGAUUUAGGAAAUGGAACAACAUUCACAAACUUAAUUAAUUUAGAAAAACUUAAUAUAGCUGAUAAUGCAUUGGAACAACUGCAUGGGGACGUUUUUAAGCCAAUGAGGAAAUUAAAAGUUAUUGUACUUAGAGGCAACAGAAUAAAACAUUUGCCAGAUAAUCUAUUUACAAAUAUGAAAACUUUAGCUAAUAUCGAUUUAUCCAAUAAUUUGAUAGAAACAGUCCCCGUUAAUGCUUUCCGUGGGACGUCUGUGAAGAAUUUAAAUUUAUCAAACAAUAGGUUCACAUAUUUGAUUGAUAAUUUUGCUUUGGAACUAAGAAAUUCUGGUGCAAAAUUGACAAAAUUCUACUUUAAUCAAAAUCCUUGGCAAUGUGCUUGUCUAAUGGAUGUAGUGAGCGAAGUUAAGAAUCUACAAAUUUCUUACAAUAGCUUACAUUACGAUGGCAAGUAUCCGAUUUGCGUAACAACAAAAGAUGUGUUUUGCAAAAGACACGACACGUUCAACGCAAUAUAUACGGAAUUAUAUGACGACAUAGUUUCAACAGCCAAUUGGGCAUAAGAUGAGCAGGCGACUGCAUCAGAGUACCAGGAAUAUAUAAUAUAAUAAUAUUUAACUUAUGUAAGCUUAGUAGCGAUAACAUAAAGACUGAUAUUGUGAGGUAUAAGGAUGUAUAUUAUGUAUAUAAGUGGGCUGGUCAUGUCUCCAGGUGCAUUGAUGGCCCUCCGCUGACCCUGAAAAAAAAAAUUGCAUUGAUGGCCGAUGGAGCCGACACGUGUUAGAGUGGAGACCUAUACUCCACAUACGCUUAGGCAAACGUAGUGUAGGACGCCCUGUGACAAGAUGGGCUGACGAUUUAAAAAAGGUGGCAGAUUCGGGAUGGAUGCGGACUGCCCAAGAUCGGGAUGGUUGGCGUUCUAUGGGGGAGGCUUUCGUCCAGCAGUGGACGGCAAAAGGCUGAUACGGAAGGAUGUAUGAUGAAUAUAAAUGUAGAUCAAAUGUAAGAUUUCGUGAAUGAUUGAUUAUUUAUUUAUUGAAAUAUGUUUUUGCAUGAGUUAUCCUUUUACCUUCAUUUACAUUAUAAAAUAGAUAUACAAUGUUAAAUCAAAUAGAUUUUUUGUAAGUUUUAUGCAAGUUUAAAGAAUUUUAUUUUUGAUAUAUUUUAAAGCUUUUCUUAUCUUACAAUAAAUGAUCUAUCCCCGGA